AUGGCAAGCAUGCAGCUUAUGAGAAGGGAAAGUGAUGUUGUUCAUGAGGUUAUGCAAGAUAGUCCAAAAAGUCCAGAGGCAAGGCUGGGAAUGAAAGUUGAGGAUUUAUGGGAUGUUCAAGAACCACAGUUAAGUCCAACUGAGAAACUUAACGCUUGCUUUGAGAGUAUCCCUGUCUCUGCUUUCCCUCCUGCUCCUUCUUCUCAAGUGAUCGAGAUAAAAUCAGACACCAGUCUAGCAGAGGCUGUUCAAAUACUUGCAGAGCACAAGAUUCUUAGUGCUCCUGUGGUGGACGUCGAUGCUCUUGAGGAUGCUAGUUGGAUUGACAGAUACAUUGGGGUUGUUGAGUUCGCUGGGAUUGUAGUGUGGAUUCUGCAUCAGUCGGAACCUCCGUCACCCAGGAGUCCAACCUCGGGAUCAGCUCUUGAAGUAGCUGUUAAUAGAGUGACCAAUGCUGCUAGUUUUGGGACUUUAGGCCCUGAAGAUGCUCAAGCAACUUCUGGAAAUUUUUUUGAGGCACUGACUUCUUCUGAAUUCUACAAGAACACAAAGGUUCGAGACAUUGCAGGGUCAUUCCGUUGGGCACCAUUUCUCGCUUUACAGAAAUCAAACUCAUUCCUGACCAUGCUUCUGCUGCUAUCGAAUUACAAAAUGAAAAGCGUUCCUGUGGUUGAUCUGGGUGAGGCGAAGAUUGACAACAUUGUCACUCAAUCUUCUGUUAUUCACAUGUUAGCGGAAUGUGCUGGGCUUCAAUGGUUUGAAAGUUGGGGAACAAAGAAACUUUCUGAGAUUGGUCUUCCCUUGAUGGCCCCUGAUCAUGUAGUCAAGGUAUAUGAGGAAGAACCAGUGCUCCAGGCUUUUAAGCUGAUGAGGAAAAAGAGAAUUGGAGCAAUACCUAUUGUGGAUAUUAGUGGGAAAAAGGUCAUUGGCAACAUAAGUAUAAGAGAUGUCCAGUUCCUUUUAACUGCACCGGAGAUCUACCACGAUUAUAGAUCUAUCACAGCAAAGAACUUCUCGACGGCAGUUAGAAGCCACUUGAAGAAGCUUGAAGAAAACUCACCUUUUGUGAGUGGCAUGGUGAUAUGCACAAAAAACUACUCUGUUAAAGAAUUGAUUAUGAAGCUUGACUCUGAGAAAAUCCAUCGGGUAUAUGUUGUGGAUGAUGCUGGGAAUCUGGAGGGGGUGAUCACACUGAGAGAUAUAAUCUCAAGGCUUGUACAUGAGCCCCAUGGCUACUUUGGUGAUUUCUUUGAUGGAGUGCUGCCGUUGCCUUCGAACUGUAGAGUUUAA